AUGUCCACGUCGAUUCUGGCCAUUGGAUAUGUGCUAACAGUGCUGAUAUUCCAAACAAGCAAUGGGGCAGAAACCAGGUAUUUGUCUUACACCGCACAGCUGGGUACCACUCCCAAUCCGGACGAGUCCGCGGGCAGUUCGCCGUACACUUUCAACUGGUCAGUCAGCACUGGCGGAGACAGGCUUCGAUUUGAAGUAUGCCUAAUGGUGGAGCGCGGACGGUUACCUCGACUAUUCGGGGUUGGAUUCGGACCGCUGGAUGCUGGACCGGUAGAUAUGGACACCUAUUUGAUACGUUUUCGAUUCAAUCGUGAAAUGCCAAAAAUGCAAACUGAAUUUGUGGAAGGUUACACAGACCAUGGUGGUAUAUUCCACGAACGAAACACAGAUGCUGGCCAUGAUGGAGCUGAUGAAGUGAACGUUUACGAUUGGAGUGGUCCCCAUUUAGCUCGACAAGUUCAAUUGCAUCAGGAUCAAAAUGGAAAGGUUUGCUUGCGAUUUUCCCGUAAGGCACUAUCCUGUGUGAAAAAAGGAUAUUCGAUCGAUGUGCACAUCCCAGCAGAAGAUACUACUUAUUGGUGCAAAACAGCCACCCUACCGAAAUUCAAUCAAAAGCACCACAUUGUUCGGGGCCUAACAUUUCCGGAGGAGACGGGUAUCGCGAUUGGCGGAAGCGAAGAGUCGUCACACGUGGUCAUUGAAAUUCAUUAUAACAAUCCAAAACGAAUUGCCGGUAAGUGCCAUGCGCGAUGGAAAUAG